GUUAUUUAUUACUGUAGUUUUGCUGCAUGCAAACAUUUUUGAAUAGGUUAUUCGAAAAUUUUGACCACCUGUACCCGUUCCCCACCUGCUGACCAACACGCCACCAAUGCGCCACGGGGGCGGCGGCGCGGCGCUGUCACCGCCUUGCGGCCAUCCGCAUGGCGGCGCCCUCCCCGCGCUUCUGGCCGGCCUCGCCCGCCGAGCGACGACCCCGGCGGCGGCAAGGCAGCUCCAGGCGCAGCUCCUCCUCCGGGGCCUCCCGCUCCCCGCCCGCGCCGCCGUCGUGCUCAUAGCCGCGUCCCCUUUCGCCGCGCCACGCCCGCGCCGUCUUCGACAGCGCCGUUCCCGCCGCCCCCGAGAAUGUCUACCUCUGGACCGCCACCAUCGCCGCCUACGCCAGGCAUGCCUCGUCCUCCUCCUCGCCUUCGGCGGCCGCGGAGGCGCUCGCGCUGUUCCAGCUCAUGCUCCGGCGCGGCGGCGCGCGCCCGAACGCCUUCACGGCGAGCACCGUCGUCAGGUGCUGCUCUGCACGGCGCACCGCCCUGGAAGGGCUCCAAGUGCACGGGUUCCUGGGGAAGGCCGGGCUGGGACGCUCUGCACACGUGGGCGCGGCGUUGGUGGACAUGUAUGGGAACCUUGGCCAGGUAGCGAACGCAAGGAGGGUGUUCGGCGAAAUUCCUGCGAGGAACGUGGUGGUGGGGAACACCAUGGUGGCGUGCUACGUCAGGGCUGGGGACGUGGCGGCUGCUCGGGAGGUGUUCGACGGGAUGGCAGGCAAGGACUCAAUCUCUUGGAACACAAUGAUGACGGGGUACCUGAGGCAGGGGGAGGCUGGUGUCGUGAGGGGGCUGUUCGAAGAGAUGCCGGAGAGGAAUGUGAACAGCUGGAACAUGAUGAUUUCUGCUUGCUCGGAGGAGGGGUCAUGGGCUGAUGCGAUUUCGGUGUUCAAUCAGAUGCGUCUUUCAGGUUUUGAACCUGACGCUGCGACGAUGGCUAUAUUGAUGUCUUCCUGUGCACAGCUUGGUUCUUUGUCGGUUGCGGGACAGUUGCAUGGGAUUUUGAAGAAGGGACAUGUCGAGAUGAACUGCCAUGUGCAGAAUUCGUUGGCUGACAUGUACGCCAAGUGUGGUAGCAUCAGCCAAGCUUAUCUCUUGUUUCUAGAGACUCAUCCAAGGGAUGCAGUGUCUUACAACGUGAUGAUCACUGCUCUUGCACACCAUGGGCAUGGCAGAGAGGCACUUCAGCUCUUCAAUGAGAUGGCUGAGGAAGGGUUACAUCCAGAUUCCGUGACUUUUCUUGGUGUUUUAUCAGCUUGUGCUCAUGCCGGACUUGUUCAUGACGGAAAGCACUGCUUUGAGUCCAUGAGGACAAAUUAUGCAAUUGAGCAAUCCCUGGAUCACUAUGCUUGCAUGGUGGAUCUUUAUGGCAGAGCUGGUCUCAUUGAAGAAGCAUACUUCUUAGUGCAGACAAUGCCAAUGAAACCACAUGCAGGAGUCUGGGGAGCCUUGCUCAAUGCCUGUAGGAAGCAUUGCCAACUUGAAGUUGGUAAGAUCGCAGCGAGAGAACUCAUUACAAUUGAACCCAGGAACCCUGGAACCUAUGUACUCCUUGCAAAUACUUUGGCUCGUGGUCAGCAAUGGGACUUUGUUGAGAUGGUGAGACAAUCGAUGAGAGGGAAGGGUAUUGACAAAACGGCAGGGUGCAGCUGGGUUGAAGUGGACAGUGUUGUUCAUGAGUUCUUGAUGGGGGACUUCAGACACCCCAAUUCUGAUGAGAUUUACAGUAUCCUUGAGCAUCUGUAUCUUCAACCGGCUUAAGGUUUGUGUCGCUUUCAAGAUUGAUAUCAAGGAUGGUUUCAUUUACAAUGACUGAAGACACAGUGAAAUGUACAUGAAAGAUGUGCCAUACCGUGCAGAAUCCAUGGUAUUAAAGGACAAAGUGCAGUCAAGGAUUCCGUUUCAUUCUUAACUGCUCUCAUGCGGAUGAAGUUUCGAUGCUGUCAUGCGGAUGAAAUUUUGAUGUGAUGGCAUGAAGAGUUGAUGGAUCUUUGCUUAAGACAGGAUUAAUGCAGAUAAAUGCAACACUUUCUUUUAUGAUUUUAUCUUGACACAACUACGGAGAAGCUAAAUAGAAGAAAAAUUGGCAAAAGAAAUGAUUUGUUGCUUGAAUUCAGUCUCUGGUGCUGGACAUGUUCAGACUUCGGAGUUUUCUGGUAACUUUUUUUUUUACUUUUUUAUCUCCUUGAUACAUUUUGCUUGCAGUUUUACCAUUGUAACAUCUUAGUCCUUAUUGCUCCUUUGCACCAUAAUAAAAAAAGUGUUUUUUUGCUAGACAAUAGGGAAUCAAAGAAGCAUUUAGGAAGAGACAUAAUAAAAGUGAUGGGCUUAAAAAGACAGGAAUAGAAUGCCCUUAAAAAGUACUCCCUGUGGUUCAAAAUACAUGUCGUUUUAGGAUUCCUACCGGUCAAACUUUUUCGUUGACUCUCAAUAUAUUAAAAACACGUUUAGAUUGACAAUUUGAGAUACAUGUUACUAGCAACAUGAGAAGUACUUUCAAAAUGUUUAAUUGCUCUUUCUUGAAUGUCAUACUUCCAUAGGAUUUUUGUGGCCAAAGCUUUGUCUUGUUGACCAUAUCAAUUAUUUUGAAUCAGGGAGUGUAUUGCAAACUUCUCUACAUAGGAUUUGUUUCAUGGUAGAUAUGAACCAAAAAGGAUCCCACCUUUGUAGAGAAAAACAUGUUAUAGUUAGGGAUUUUAACGGUGAGAUGGAGACCAUGAGGGAUCUAAUUUGUACACGGUUUGACAGUCUUCCCAGCUCAUUUAUUGAACAGUGUAUUAAUAAAAAGGGCUUGUUUCAUAGGCUUGAUUUGUGGUUGAUGCAACAGAUAUUAGCUGCAUGUCUACUUUUAGUAGUAUUGCAAACAUUUAGACAGGGGUAUAAUGCUCGCUUAAAUUGUUUUUUUUUCCUGACACCAUCCAUGUAUAUUACACAAUGAGAGAAAAGCUCCUUACUGAACUUCUAAAUUUACUAGUAGUAGAACAAUACUUAGCAAUUAGCAGUUACCACAUGGGGGAAGGCUACAGGAUAGAUGUUACAAUUUGGGGAAGAACAGUCAAUGGACUAUUGUUGUCUGCUGCGUUAAGCAGAUGCUGCAAUUGAAAUCUACGAGCAGAACGUGAGAAUGUGCUCGGAACAACAUGGCUAUUACCAAAGUCUUCAGACAUUUUGAAAAUAUAUGAAUAUUGGCUAUUGCACAGUUGUGCUUCUCUUUGCAGGUACUAGUGGCAUCCAAGAGGGAGAAAGAGCAUAAAAAUCCAAGUUUGGUAUCAGCUCUACCUCCUCUGCAACAUGAUUGGCGUCAGUGGCAUGGACAAUUGAACACCUUUGCCAUAAUCUGAAUGAAUUUCCAUCGCCUGAUGCCAUGCAAGGGCAGCAUUUCCCAUGAUCCAGACGUGGAGCUGAGCACUACAGUGACACCGAAACUCCCCAGAACAUAUCUAAUGGUCAAGAUCGGUUGGUACUGUAUCUGCAGAGAUACUUGGAGCCUUCCGAUCAGUUGGUCCCGUGUCAGCAGAGGUACAUGGAGCCUUCCAGGAUCGAGGAUAGAUGCAAUGGUGGUGCUUGAGGAAUUUUGGUAGCACUGGGCAGUAGAGGUUCAGGGAUUUUUUUUUAAGUAAAAGGGUUCAGGGAUUUGGAAGGUGAGGUUAAAUAAGGUGCCAAUAAGCUUUUGCUUGGUGGGCGUCACUUCAUCCCAUCAUUUUUAUCGUCUAACAUGAAGAAAUGCUGGGCCACAUACAUGCUUUCCAGAUCAGACAGUCCGGCAAUUGAUGUCUUUGAACUCAGAAUUCAAGGAAAAAUUACACAGCAAACCGAGGUUGAGAACGACGCCAGACAUGCCAUUAGUAAUGCAUAGAGGAGCAGCAGCCAAAUGGGACAGUAACGCAGGAGAACAAACUCAUCAGAGUACAGGUGAUUCAAAGUUGCUCUCAUCACAGCAGUGAAUUAUUGGUGAGCGGCCUGGUGGAUGGUUCAACUUCGGUUUAGUCAAAUGACUGAAUGAGCAUACAUGUACGGAUCGGAUGAUAAACAGAUUUUUUUUUUUGACGAAAGACAAACAGAUCUUGUACUGUUCAAAGCGAAAUAACAUUUUCCUGAUUCAUUUCAAAGGACGCAUGAUGUUGUAAUUUCUAGUGCUGUGUUUUCUGCUGAAA